UCGUGUUUCUUCUGCUUAUCCGGUGUGAAAUGUUGUCACACGGCAGUAUAGAAAUGUUUUAUUAUAGUUGUUUUAGUUUAAUGUUUUUAAGAAAAUGACGCUCACACCAACCAAACUAGCUUUUAUUGAAUAAUUCGGCGUUUGUCACACGUGAGACCAACACAACGUACUUGGCUGGUGAUCAUGUCAGGGUCGUGGCUCAGAAGCUGUCGAUGUUACCUUAUCUACAAGAAUUCGGCAAACCUAUGGGGUUAUGUUUUUCCCGCUGUCGCCAGAAAAGUACGCAUUAAACGCCACCUGGACUCGGACUACGUCAGACGCUGCUCCACCACGGCUGGGGGUGAGGUACGGGUCAGGUUUGCCCCAAGCCCGACGGGUUUCUUGCACCUAGGAGGCCUCCGCACUGCCCUCUACAAUUACAUCUUUGCCAAGAAGUACAGAGGCUCUUUCAUCCUGCGCUUGGAGGACACCGAUCAAAGCAGGCUGGUACCAGGGUCUGCAGAGGCCAUUGAGGACAUGCUUGAGUGGGCAGGCAUACCUCCCGAUGAGAGUCCAGGCCGAGGUGGGCCAGUGGGUCCGUACCUACAGUCAAAGAGGCUGGAUCUCUACAGAGAGACGGCGUCACAGCUUGUUGAAAGUGGUCAUGCCUACCACUGUUUCUGCAGCUCCCAGAGACUGGAGCUACUCAAAAAGGAAUCUCUGAGGACAGGACAAACUCCAAGGUAUGACAACCGGUGUCGACACCUUCGGGCUGAGCAGGUCCAGGAAAAGCUGGCCCAGGGAGCACCUCACGUGAUCAGGUUUCGACUCGAGGAGGGAGUGGAGGCUUUUCAGGAUCUCAUCUUUGGGUGGAAUCGGCACGAGGUGGCCCAGGUAGAGGGCGACCCUGUGGUAAUAAAAGCUGAUGGUUUCCCCACCUAUCACCUGGCCAACAUAGUGGACGACCACUACAUGAGGAUCAGUCACGUCCUGCGGGGCUCUGAGUGGCUCAUAUCCACCUCCAAGCACAUCCUCAUGUACCGUGCUCUCGGAUGGCAACCGCCCUCCUUCGGACACCUGCCGCUCCUGACCAAUAAGGACGGAAGCAAACUGUCAAAGAGGCAGGGGGACAUAUUCAUCCAGAAAUUCAAAAGAGACGGCAUCCUGCCAGAGGCUCUGCUGGAUAUCAUCACCAACUGUGGCUCUGGAUUCAGCGCAAAUCGAAUGGGACGGACAUUAGACGAGCUGAUCUCGGAGUUUAACCCGUCGAAGAUCACAACGCACUCUGCUCUGCUUGACCUUGACAAACUUCUUGAAUUCAACAAAAUCCACCUGCAGCAUCGUAUUGAAGAUGAGCAGCAGUGCAAUUUUCUGAUAAAGGAACUGCAGGGACGAAUCCAGAAGGCUUAUGCGGCCGAGGUGCAGGACGAAGACUUCCUGCAUGAAGAUUAUAUCAGGCGGGUUCUGCACUUACGUAAGGGUCACAUAUUCUCACUACGGGACCUUGUGAGUCCUGCUUACUCAUACCUGUGGGUGCGCCCUUCCUUCUCCAGCCAGCAGGCAGCAGUGCUUUCCUCGGAGGCCGGACACAUUGCCUCACUGGCGCUCAAAUUAAUACAAGAACAUGGAGAGGCCCCAGUUGUGGAUGAGCUCAGCAGAGAUUUAAAGAUGCUGGCCAAGCAAACGAAAGCCACCAAGUACAGAGAAGUGAUGAAGCUCUUACGGCUGACUCUCAGCGGAUUGCAGCAAGGCCCCAGUGUCGCAGAGAUGAUGGUGGCUUUGGGGCCUGCAGAAACCAGCCAUCGAUUCCGGAAGCUUCUUUUGCUCUCUGAGACCAGUUCAGAGAUACCAUCUUUCUCGAUUUCCCUUAGAGGCUCCCAGAAAAUCAGUACAACUCCUGGCAUUACGGACAUCUUAUAGAUCCUCAUGACAUUAGGAUCAACAUUAGGACAACAUUAACCUAUAAGACUGAAAAUAACCAAAGCAACCAAGAAAUUGGGCAAAAAAUCAGUACCGACAUUAGUGACUAUGUGUAAAUAACCUAAAGAAGCUAUCAUUUCAUGCAUUUUGUCCCAUUUUCGGUGGUGAUAUCCAGACUUUCCAUCGAUUGACAUUGUUUGGGUCAGACAAUAGUUAGCAUCAAUGCAAUUGGUAAAAUGUGAUAUGUCUAAUUUACCAAUCCCAUCAAUGGCAUUAUAAUCUAGCUGUCGGACGCAGCUCCCAAUAUUUUGAAUGAAAUCGGCUGUCUGGAACUUCUUCGCAGUGAAUUAUACAGAUAAAACAUAAGCCAUCUGUGAUCUACUGUAAAUCUAUGUUUAGUCAGGAUGCUAUAAUGCAGCUCUACAAAAAGUGCAAAAAGAAAGUCACCGCACAUCUUAAAAUGAUGGAUUGCAUGUUAUGUGUUCAUUCUGAAGCAUCCCGACGGCCAACCAUACCAAGUUAACAUAACAGUAAUGCAACAGGUUGGUCAUAAUCUAAGGCAGAAACAACACACAAGCCCAACAGUGUCAUUACAAAACCACAUAUUUGCUGUUCUUAUAGUUCUAUAAUGAGCAGUAAAAUUAUGAAAUUAUAUUUAACUCUUAAUAGACACAUCAUGGAAAAGGAUAUUUUAUACUAAAUUUAUCAAAUAUUGUUGGUCAUAUUAAAUUAAUUAUGUGUUAUUUAAAAAAAAAAAAAAAAAAGAAAACUGUUCAGUGCUUCUCCUGAUACUGAAAAAACAGUACAUAACUAUAUGUAGUACAUAAUCGAUAAUUCGUUCUCAAAUUCUUGAUGUCUAUUGAUAUCCUCAGGGCAUUGAAUUUAUUGCAACUGGACUGUUCAGGUUGCAACAGGACACAGUCCAGUUGCGAUCAAUUCAAUGCCCUGGGAAGACAAUGACCUGGAUGAAUGAGAAUACAGGUCUAUUGAUAUUACAUGAUGGCACGUCAGCACAAAGAAUCGAGGAAAUUGCAAUAUUCUGUGCUUUGGUGUAGUUGUCGAGCUAUUACCAAAGAUCAACUACGGUAGCACUGUUUCUGCACGAAUGUUCUGGACCAUUUUGAAAGUGUUAUGGAAAUAAAACUUUGAUUUUCUUUGCCAGAAGUUGGCAUCCCUCCA